AUGAUAUUAACUGCAGCUGCCACGCUGAUGGAAAGCGACCAGGAUGUGAUUGUUACACUCGUUGAUGUAAUUCAAAACUUCAGAGACUCCGACACUAUCACAUCUCAGGCUUCACAGGUGCUGCUGAGCCUAGCCAGCGCGGAUGCCGUAUACUUAGAAAG